AUGGAUUUCUCAUAUUUUACUUCGGCCCCCCAACCGUACCAGUUCUUUGGACUCUCUCAAACGCCCAGCAACAAUCAUACCCCGACACUGGACGACUUCGAUCCUAACGCUUCCAACGAUCAUUUCGAUUCUGCCUUCGCCGCAUUCCAGCAAAAUUUCCACUAUGAUCCCUCAACAUUCCUGGCACAGCCACAUCAGCCUAAUAACGUAUCCCCUCCCCUCGAUCUGCAUCGGGAUUCGAUGUUAUCUAUACCUGAUGGCGACUCCAAAGGCGUGGCUACAACCGUAGCAGAAAUACCCGCAGAAGAGACCGUUGUUGGCCGAAGUAGUAGUGAAGAGAAGGACCUUUUGACACCGCAACAAAAUAAACGAAAAGCGCAGAAUCGAGCAGCGCAACGCGCCUUUAGGGAAAGAAAAGAAAGACACGUGAAAGACCUCGAGGCCAAACUUUCCACCUUGCAACAUCAGUCGAUGACUUUGAACGGCGAGAAUGAAAGGCUACGUCGCGAACUUGCCAAAAUUGCGACCGAAAACGAAAUUCUACGGGCUACGUCAGGUUCUUCGUCUAACGGGCCUACGCCAUUCAUGGAAGAGCCAGAUGAAUUAGUGGGGCCAAUGCGCUUCAUACCGACAGACAUACCUGCAAAGACACGGUCCGCCACCAGUAGCAUGGCAUCUGGAGGAGAACCCUUCUCCAAAUACGCACACUUCGGUACGAUGAGGACUAUCACCAUUGAUAACGAGACUGGCGAACAGCUACUCGGCGCUGGUGCAACUUGGGAUUAUAUCCAAGCGCAUGAAUUGUUCAGGAAGGGGCUGGUUGAUGUAGGCGAUGUAUGUGAACGAUUAAAGAAGAUGGCCAGAUGUGAUGGUCAAGGGCCAAUCUUUUUGGAGAGCGAUGUUCGGCAGGCGAUUAGCGAGAGCGCGGUCGCAGGCGGGCGGGAUGAGUUGAUCUGA